AUAGUGUUGUUCUGAGGGUCGGGGAGUUCGGACGACCCUCUGACUCCUUUGGGCGUUCGGUAAACAGCGCGCCAGUCAGCUAUGUGACAGACAGGAGAGAUAAAUAUACCCCCCCCCAGGGCAAGGAUGUGACAGUUCUGUCCCCCUCCCAGUCAGAGACCGCCAGGAGCCAUGUGAGGUGACGGACGCCACCCAUCCCCUAACCUGUCUAGUCAGUUCGGCUGUGAUAUAUAGUGUUCUACGGAAGCUACUUCUUCAAGUUCAAACUUCUGCCAAGAUGUGUAUUGAGGCGCAAGAUGCCCGGACGGGGGACAUGUCGAUGGGGCGGAACCUGAGGGCCGCUCGCUGCCUCGACUUCACAGACAAAGACGACGACGACGGGCUGUAUCAGCCCUCAGACUCCGAGUCCGAGGCCACCAAGAAGAAGGGGGAGACGGUGGGUGAGGACAACAAUAACAACACGACCACCAUCAGCACAGGCAGCUGCCUCAAAGCCAGACACAGACGAGGCACCGUCAGUGGCAUCAUAGGUGGCACCCUGGCCAGCGCCCUGGGCACUACCACCGCUGGAGGGCUCCGCAGGACCUCCGUCUCCGUCAAGAGGCCGCUUGACAUCGUCCUACCCUGUCAAGAGAUUCAGUAUCUCGAUAUUUCUUACCAAAAGGUCCAGUACAGUCCCAUCCCACGGAAGAAGAUUGCCUACCACCACGUGCCAUACAACUCCAUCCCUUACUGCGAUGUUCCAUACUGCGGCACCGGAGAGAGACCCAUCAAGAGGAAGCCUCUACAGAGGGCCCACUCCAUUGCCGUCGCUGACCUCAGAGAACCAGAAGAUUGUGAGUGGACGUCGUAUAAACUAAGGUGAAGCAGUGUGUGACCGACCUGCAAAGACGGGUCAUAGUGACAAGAAUCUCAAGCAGGACCUUCAAGGAAGUGCAGGAUGGUCUGGAGAGGACUAGUCCGGAUGUUUUCAUUUUCUAUACCAUGGAGGCCUCAUUGUGAGGCCAGGAACUGGAAGAUGUUCCACACCGGCUUCUACUUGUGCAGCAGUGGAGGCCACGUGUCCUGGAACUUUAGACAAAAUAAUGGGAGAAGGACAAAUGAGUUCCACACAUGUGGCAGAGCAUGUGUCAUGGACGAAUACAGAAUAGCGUUAUGUAGCGAGGCCGAAUUUGGGAUCAUCUGGACAGUCUUAAGUUGAGAUUGCUAACUCUGACUAUGACGGUGGAUUAACGUUUGGUGCUUAAAAUAUAUUAGUGAGAAAAACUAUUACUGAGUGACUAUGAAGUGUGCUUAUUAUUCAAAUGUAUUGUUGCUGAAAUGCAAGUGAAAAAGAAUUUUUAGUUUUCAUUAUUUUAAAAUUUGUGCACUUUUUGCAUCAGCAAUGUGAAGUUAUAUAGACAUCUGCACGCUUACCGCUUCUUAUGUCAGUGAACUAAGAGACGUCGACCCAGAUGUAUUGACUUAGUUGUAUAAUGUAAAACGAACGAGUGAUUCACAGUGCUAUAAGUAGGAUUUAUGUGCGUGUGAAUGUUACCAGUUUUUACCUUGUGUGUAUAUGACCAUGUGUAAAGUUGUAUAAUUUUCAAAGUAUCUUUUAUACAUUUUCCUUUCCUUGUAAAUUGUUGUCAUUAUUAUUAUUAUUAUUUACUAUUGUAUUCUCUGCUGAUGACUGACAUCCCACCUUCAGUGUAGACUUCAUAAUACUUCUUGUCUUCGGUUGCAUUAAUUGUCAGUGUUUCUGAAUGAAGAUGACGUACUGUCUAUAGUGUGAGUGUGAUGGUUGUGUGCAGACUUGUGUCAAAUUUGGAGUGAUUAGCAAAGUGCUAAUAAUGAUAUUUCCUUCUGCAUAAACCUUCUCCUUUAUGCCUGUAUUACCUUCAUAAUUACCAUGUAAUAUUUAUGUAUGACAGGUUUUUAUACUUUGUUAUCGAUAAUGACAAUACCUUAUUUGGGUAAAGAAUGAAAAUGACUAUUAUAUAUUUUUUUGUGAUGUGAAGAAUUUUAAGAUUAACAAAUGGCCCAAGAUGAUAACGUUCAGACAAACACAAAUUUGAUAAACUACGUAAGAAUCUAGAUCCCAGAAUCUAGAUGAGUUUGGUAUGAAAAUGUACCACGAGGACAGAGUCGAUCAUAGAGAGUCGUGGUGCAUUUAGUGGUGAGAAUUGGCAAAUCUGGACCUUACAGUGGAGUGAUACAAAUGAGGGAUUUUUUUUUCAAUAAAUUGGAAGAGAACAGUGGCAUAGAUUGUCAUGAAGAGAAAAUAUAUCCAAUUUAGCCAACACUUUGCUUAUCCAGCAACAAUAUACCAAAAGCUUUAUUUUCUAUAUUUGCUGUCAAGUUGAGAGCAGCCAGAACAUGGGGGAUAAUUUAAGCACCUGCAUUGUGCCUAGAGCAAAUGUGUUAGGAUAGACCAGAUCAUGGGCAAACAAAGUGUUGGUUGAAUACCUUAUGUUAAUGUCUAGGCCUUUGCUCUCAGUACAUAGCAGUACAGAUAUGUUCCACACCAAAGUCCACACAACCUUUUAUAUAUAGAUUAUGUAUAUUUUUCCUGAACCAGUGAUUUUCUCUUCUCCCUUUUUAUAGACAUGUCCACCUCAGGAAUUUAUAAAUAAGUAACAGCAUUGUUCAAGUGUACCAUUUAUAUUUUUUCCCCAAACUUGCAUAAUUUCAAAACGGCCACUGUCGGAAAGGGCAGUGGUCAGGGUGCCGGCGCAGAGGCCAGUCGACGCCACAAGUCAUUCAUCUAGUUGUAUAAUUAUAUGUUGUAUAUGAAA